AUGAGACGUAAUGAACCACCAAUAAGGCUCCGUCUGGGCUUCAGCCAUAGAAGACACUUCUCCCCCACGUUCUGUUGUACCCCACAAAGUGUGCUUUAUUUACACGGAGCAUGUGGGGAGAAGGAUCAGUGAGGAUCCUUCUGUCAGCAGGAAAGGCAAGUCGGUGCCGUUUAGUUUUGUGCACUUGGGUUCCUGCCCACAACUACCAAGGCCAUCCAGUGUCCUGGCUGACAGGGUGGCCAGGUGCUUUGCCAUUUCUGUAACUAACACCGAAUGACUCGCAUCCUGGACAAAGAAUCUUUCAAGCACCACCCUGGGGACGAUGACAUUGGACCAGAGCCGACUCAACCUGGGAGGAAGAAUAAUUCUGUGGUUCCUUUAUGGACACCUGUAAAAAGAAUUAGGGGGGGGCCUGUGCGCCAUAUGCACAGACCUUACGUGUCUCCGCUGCAGCUUGGGGAUGGCAUUCCCACACCAGCUGAUGUCUCUGCCCCGAGUCAUGGCUUUCACCGUCCAAGUCGUUUAUUGUGGCACUUGAGGCUACAAAUCAAAGUGCCUUCAGUUCAAGACGAAGUUAAAAGAUGAGUUCCCUGGUUGCCUGGACAUCGGCGCUGAGGCUCAGGACCCACGCCUGGCCACCAGCUUCUUUGAAGUAAUGGCAGCAGGGAAGUUGGUCCACUCGAGAGGUGAUGGCUACAUGGAGAGCAAGUUUCUGAAACUGGUAGCUGCCAUCAAAGCUGCCUUGGCUCGGGGUAACGUGCCGGAAGGCAGAGCCUGGGGACCUUGGCCCAGCCCCUUUCAGCAGACACUUCAUGACAGGAGGACUGAAAUGUCUCCCAGACGCCUGGUCUUUCCCUGAAUCUGUCGGCUGCAGGACAGGGCAGCGGUUGACUCUCUCGUUUUUGCAUGCACAGGAGCGCGCGUGUGUGUGUGUGCGUGCGCGUCUGUGUGUCCCGGGAAUCUAGCUUUUCACGCUGGGCUUGCUCCCCUCCUCCCCCUGCUUUCACCAUCCCUCGCUGCUUCCCCCCACAUCUCCCUGUCUACCCUCAGAAUGUGGGGGAGGUCCCAUCUCAGGCUUCUUCUCUAGGGGAGCCCAGAGAGGGAUCAGAAUGUGUGGCGUGUGGCUGAGCGAGUGAGUGAGGGUCUCAAAUUGCAGCAACAUUUAGUGUUCACUGGACGAGUUUAACAAAGAAAGAAAAGACCUAGGGACGGGUUUGAGGGCCUCUAGACCAAACUAGCUUCUCUUGUUUCCUGUCCACAGCAGUCCGGGAGGAGAAGGGAAAAGAUGGACCAAUGUGGGGCUCUGUGCCUGGUCUUGUUGAUGGUGGAGUGUCCCUCUUGGGAAGCUCCACUUCUAACUCAAAGUGGUAAACUUGAUCCUUUUCUCUGUCACCCAGAACCCUAGCUGAAGGUCUAGUGACCUUUGUAUGAGAGACACAUUACUAAGCCUAGAACCUUUUAUAAAAGCGAGGAAGCUGUGGAGAGUCCUCCUCCCCCUGACCACGACCUUUCC